GUCGCGACACCUCUCUGCUGCGUUUCGAACACCCACAACCCCUCCGUACUUUCUAUGUAAUCAGCACCACAUUCGCUUGUGGCCGCGCGCCCCUUUAGUCUUUCCAAGCUUCCUAUAUCCUUACCAUCUGCUGCACAAUGGAGCUCCAGCGCAACGAGUAUCCGGCCUUGCUGGAACAUCUACCCCCCGCGCAAGCCGUAAACGUGCUCAAUGACCGAAUGCGACACAUCAACCUACUCAACACAAGCAUUGCGGAUUGGUUACAGGAACGCCGUCGGGUCGAGGAUCUCUACGUCCAGGGACUGCAGAAGUUGGCGAACAGGCGUCUCCCCGAAGAAUUGGCAGAUCUUGGCAUCUUUUCCACGCCGUGGCAGAAGAUUGUCGGCGCAACCGAGUCCUUUGCAAAGUCGCACCAACAAUUCGCGUACAAUGUCGAAGCAGAUGUCGAACGUCCCCUUCGAGAGUUUUCUGCGACCGACCGUGAGGUCCACGCUAUGUCCACCAUCACCGGCAACCUAUCCGCCAUGGCGAAGGAAAUCGAGACGGCGAAAAAGAAGUCAGACAAGCUGAGAGACAAGGGUGCAAAGGCGCAAGCGAGCAAGGUCGCCAAUGCCGUGGCCGAUGUCGAGAAUGCUACAUCCCAGUGGGAGUCACAGGCGCCAUUCGUCUUUGAGAAGCUACAGGCCGUCGACGAGAGUAGAUGCAACCUUUUGCGUAGUAUUUUGACCCAGUUUCAAACACACGAGGCGGACCUGCUUGACCGAAAUCGUACCACCGUCCAGGAGACCGUGGACACUAUCCUCAACAUUGAAAUCCCUCAGGAAAUCGCAACUUUUGUUUCACGAACGCAGAAUGGAGGGAGAAAACCCAGUGCUGUUGGAUCGCCAUCCCGACACCUCGCACCACCGUCUUCAGGCUCAACGGCCCUGGCAGACGAUGAUCAUAGCACAAAAAGCGGAUCGGUUCAUGAGGUCAAACACGGUGGUUUAAGCUUAAAGCGCUUUGGUACGGUGCUGGGCCGUAGAAGGCAGAGCCAUCAUCCUUACGGCCGAGCAUCCUCACCAGAGCGUAAAUCAUCCACUAACUUGGGUUCAGCGUUCGGCGCGUUUGGCAAAGGCAAAUCAAAAGAUAGAGAUAUUCCUAGUUCGUCUGGGCGCCCUGUCUCCCCCCUCAGGAGACUCUCCACCCCGCGAGAUUCGGACGUAUCAGGAUCUCCGCAACAAACUCGACAGUCGGGCAGCGAGAGAACUAACGGUGUUAGGCGGCCGGAUACGCCCAAAGAAAGUGCCGCCAGCGUGGGUGCAGCUACGGAGGGCGUACCAGACCUCGCAGAGCCGAUAUCAUCGCAGCCGCCGUUAGAACCGAAGGGAGAGCCGAAGAAGGAUUCAGAAGGCUUCUCACUCCCUCCAUCGACCACUGACGCCAUAACACAGGCGGAACGAGAAGCUGCCAUUGAAACGAGCGAGAGCAACCCUCCUCCUCAGUUCAAGCUAGACAUUAGAAACGCACCCAUUCAAGAGGAAGAAGACGAUGCGGACGCCGCUCUGGUUAGCAUGGCUAACACAUUGAGAGCACAAGCAGCUCAACCUCGACGCUCUAGUACUCUUCGAGGUAGACGAGACGUCCGGAACACGAUAUUCGUGCCGAACCCUGCUACACCAGAACUAACAAGCAUAGGAGAAACUGUCCCACGCCUCCCUGCCUCUGCAGGCUCUGGUAUCGGUGGCAGUAGCUUUCCGGCACCUACGCUUCCUGCUCAGCCUGCAUCACCUCCCUUCACAUUGCCACACAGAACACUCCUUUCCCACGAUCAUCCUUCGUCUGACACACAAUCCAUCAUGUCUGGGAGAUCGCUAAGCAGCGCAGCAAGCACUACAAUCAAGCACGCCGACCUCCACGAACCCGGACUCAACGCCUCCAUCGUGGAAGCAGUCAGCACCACGUUUGAGCAAGGCAAUGUUGCCAAAGCCAGGGUCAUCGGCGAGGUUGCGCUCGCCUACAAUCCCGUUGACAUUUCGGCCGGCCCCUUCGGCACCGAAAACAUUCAUCUAGACAACUUUUCGGUACUGGAGAAAGUUGCAACGAACCCUGUAUUCAUUGAGCAAGUCCCAGAUAGCCCCGGAGAUUACACUGUCGAUCUCUCUAAAAUCCUCAAGACAUCCGUAGCGUUCAAAUACCAACUACAUCUCGACGCUGAUAACCUCGCUACCUUUGCGCCGCUCAUCCUUUCGCCAGCCUGGAAGGUGGAGCCGACACAAACGUCAGCGAUACUGCAUUACUCUCUUAACCCAGAAUUCAACCUCGGCGCCGCAUCAUCGAUUACCCUGCGCAAUCUCGUCCUCGUCCUCAGGUUAGAACCGGGCGUCAAAGCUGCCUCCUGUCUAUCCAAACCCACUGGUACUUUCUUCAGAGAAAAGGGUUUCAUUUAUUGGCGCCUCGGGGAUGUGACGUUCACGAAGGAUCAGCCUGCGCAGGUGAUGCGCGCGCGGUUCUUCACAGAAGGCGAAGCUAAACCAGGGAAUGCCGAGGCGAGGUGGGAGAUUAGUGGCGCCCAGGCGUUGAGCUUGGGGAGUGGGUUGGGGGUGAGCCAGGAAGAUGUGAAGGGAAAGGAGAGGGCGAAGGCUGAGGAGGAUAUUGAGAAGGAUCCGUUUGCGGACGAGGAUGCUGAGGGCGAGGAGAAAAAGGAGGAAGAGAAGGAUACUGGGACUCAGAAUGGGCAACCGCAGUCCAAGAGAGUACCCACUGUGAAGAAGAUUGUCAGUGGGAAGUAUGACGGGGUCUGGAAGGGGGAUGAGAGCGGUUCAAUCCCAGGGUGAACAUAAUUGACCAGUAGGGCGUAGGAAGAGUAUAGGAGUGUUGCUUGGAUAUGACUUUGUUGGGUGGGAUCAUUUUGGGAAGAUGAGUAGUAUUAUGGUUGGUUAGGCCAGUCUUGUCGAUAGAGUGUGCCGGAUGGCCUGGAGAGUGCAGUAUUAGUGCUAUUACUGUUAUACCUAAAUACCAUUUGAUUUGUUUGA